AACCGUCUCAGCAACAGAACAUAGAGACAAAGAAGAAGCAAGAGAAGGCAGAUCGUGAAGUAAGCAGUGCAGAAAAUGAUGGUGCAAUGUAUGAGGUUCAUCUUCUAGUCGCAGUUCUUGUUGCAACCGUAGCGUUUGCUGCAGCAUUCCAGUUACCUGGCGGUUACAAACAUGAUGGUACACCUGUACUGAUGGACGAACCAGGUUUCAAAUGUUUCUUGGUAUUCGACACAAUCGCCUUCUGCUUCUCUGUCACCACAGUCUAUUUCUUGUUCUACGCUUCGAGAGACGGGUUUCGUGCCCGCUCUCGAUUCCUCUACAUGUCUGCUCUGUUAAUGGUUGUGUCGCUAAUCGCCAUGGCGUCUGCCUUCGUAUCAGGAAUGUAUCUGAUUUUGUCCAAAUCGAGAGGAUUAGCCAUCAUACCUUUCUUAGUAGCUGGCUUCUUCAUCUUGCAUGGUUUCAUUUACUGGUUUCUUGAUCCACGAGGCAGCUACGUUCUUGGCCUCGAACGACCUCGCCGAUUUUUUAGGAAGCUAGCCUAUGGGAAUUCAGUGUUUCAUAGUUUGGUAAAUAAAUGAG